AUGAUGGCACCGGUCCCUCGUGACCCGCGCCGAGUAUCAAAGUUGUGCGCUGAGCCCUGGCGAAGCGGUGCACCUUCUGUGAGAAAUAUACCCCGUGCUUGGAAAGACUCGUGGAAUGUGCCUUGCUGGGUGCUUAGACGCGCUGCCUGGUCGGGGAAGUGA